AAGUGUUGAGCUCGGGCUGGAUUAGGGCUCAGAGUUGCACUGAGUGUGGCUGAGGCGGCGCGGCGGGAGUGGAGUGCGCGCGCUCAGAGGGACAGACAGACAGACUGACUUAGUCAGCCGGCGGUAGAGGGUACGGUCUGCAAGUCCGCUUUCCCUCCCACUUCCUCGGCACCUGCCCGGAGCGAGCGCCUGUGGCUGCCGGCCCGGGGUUUCGGGGAGCGCCUGGAGAGCCCCUGCUCCGGCCGCCCCGGAGGAGAUCCCCGCGGCCCGGGUGCGGCUGACAGCGCAGAGAGCAGCGGCGGCGGCGGCAAGUUUCCCUGCCGGGAGCUCGGAGAAGAGCGGCCCCGCGGCCCAGAGCGAACUUUUGCGGACUUGUGCGCGCGGGCUGAGGAGGGUCGCGCAGGAGGGACCGUCGCCGGAGGCGCCCGCGAGAGGCGACUUUCCCGCAGAGGAGCCGGCGCGCCUGCACCCCGCGCCCGCGGGCUGGGAGGCGGCGCGGCCGGGCCCCAACUUCCGUCCCUCCCGCCCGAGUGCUGCCGGGCCGACUCGCGCGGAGGGCCGGGCUUUCUAUGAGCGCGAAGAUGGAGACGACCUUCUACGACGACGCCCUGAGCGCCUCGUUCCUGCCGUCCGAUGGCGGCGCCUACGGCUAUGGCAACCCCAAGGCGCUGAAGCAGAGCCUGACCCUGAACCUGGCCGACCCGGCGGGCAGCCUGAAGCCACAUCUGCGCGCCAAGAGCGCUGACCUGCUCACCUCGCCCGACGUGGGGCUGCUCAAGCUAGCGUCGCCCGAGCUCGAGCGCCUGAUCAUCCAGUCCAGCAACGGGCACAUCACCACCACGCCGACGCCCACGCAGUUCCUGUGCCCCAAGAACGUUACGGACGAGCAGGAGGGCUUCGCCGAGGGCUUCGUGCGCGCGUUGGCCGAGCUGCACAGCCAGAACACGUUGCCCAGCGCCGCGGCGGCCGCGCAGCCCGUGAGCGCGGCGGGCGGCGGCGGCGGCAGCAGCGGCGGCAGCUUCGGGCUGCACAGUGAGCCGCCUGUCUACGCCAACCUCAGCAGCUUCAACCCUGGCGCGCUGGGCGCCAGCGGCGCCAGCGGCGGGGCGCCCUCCUACGGCGGGGCCGGCCUGGCCUUCCCCGCGCAGCCCCAGCCCCAGCCGCCGCCGCACCCUCUGCCCCAGCAGCUCCCCGUGCAGCACCCGCGGCUGCAGGCCCUGAAGGAGGAGCCGCAGACGGUGCCCGAGAUGCCCGGCGAGACGCCGCCGUUGUCCCCCAUCGACAUGGAGUCCCAGGAGCGCAUCAAGGCCGAGAGGAAGCGCAUGAGGAACCGCAUCGCUGCCUCCAAGUGCAGGAAGAGGAAGCUGGAGAGGAUUGCCCGGCUGGAGGAAAAAGUGAAGACCUUGAAAGCGCAGAACUCGGAGCUGGCGUCCACGGCCAACAUGCUCAGGGAGCAGGUGGCGCAGCUUAAACAGAAAGUCAUGAACCACGUAAACAGUGGGUGCCAGCUCAUGCUAACACAGCAGUUGCAGACGUUUUGAGAGACUAUGGAGGGUGAGAGCAGCGUUGAAACAAAGUAACACGGACUGACUUGAGAACUUGACAGUUUGUGACAGAGAAAGAAGUGUCCGAGGACUGAAGCCAAGGGUAUGCAAGUUGCACUGGGUUGCGUCCUGACGGCGCCCCCAGCGGACACGAGUGGGAAGGACUUGGCGCGCUCGCCUUGGCUUGGAGCCCCAGAGCGAGUGGCCGCCUGCGGGCUGCCCCCACUGCGGACGGGCUGUCCCCGCGCGAACUGGGCUAUGGACUUUUUUUUUUAACAUUGACCAAGAACUGCAUGGACCUAACAUUCGAUCUCAUUCAGUAUUAAACGGGGGCGGGGGAGGGGGGUUAUAAGCUGCAAUAGAGACUGUAGAUUGCUUCUGUAGUGCUCCUUAAGAACACAAAGGGGAGGGCGGAGCGGGGGAGGGUGUGAGGGCCAGGCUGAGCCUGCAGGUGAUCUCUUUCUGGCCUGCCUUCCUCAACUGUUUGUGUACAUAUAUAUAUAUUUUUUAAUUUGAUAAAAGCUGAUUACUGUCAAUAAAACAGCUUCCGGCCUUUGUAAGUUAUUUCAUGUUUGUGUGUCCUGCCCAGUGUUGUUUGUAAAUAAGAGAUUUGGAGUACUCUGAGUUUACCACUUGUAAAAAAGUAUAUAAUUUUUUUAUGUUUUGUUUCUGAAAAUUCCAGAAGGGAUAUUUAAGAAAAUACAAUAAAAUAUUGAAAAGUAUCCCCCAACCUCUUUUCUGCCUUAUCUAUAAAGCUAUCUAGAUGGAGUUGAAAGAGUUGUCAGUUAAAAUCACUUGUAGUGCUUCUCUAUAUCAAGCAGUAUAAACUGUAUUCUCUACUAGACUUUAGGAACAAAUACACCUGAUGCUAUCAACAGUUUAUGCUCAUCCCUUCUCUGCUGUCUGUAAGGAACUGCUUUCCAAAAGACCAUGUGUUGUUUCAGGAAGCUGGAAGAAGGGAGGCUGGUAUGGAGGGGGGCAGCUCGGGUAAUGCCAAUACUUCAAGGUUUGGGAUUGUAUCAAGUGGCAUGUGUCAUGACCAUUGAUAAUGUUUGUAGAGAAGCAGGAACUUGUGGCAGAUUUUAUAAAAGAUGUAUCCAAUUUGGAAUCUUAAUUCCUAGAUUUUUUUUAAAAACAUGGUCUUUGCUUUAUGAAUAUUUAUAACGGCAUUCUUGUCACAAUAAAGGUACUCAAAUACUAUUAA